AGGCAGCGGCCGAUAAAUGCUAUUAGAGCAGCAGCCGCCGCGCCGUCCCCGACGCCACCUCCUCACGCUCCGCCGCAGUUUCCUCCGCCGCUGCCGGGGCUGCGGAGCUGAGGGAGCGCUCCCCACCCCGCCGGCUCUCGCCUUCGGGGCUCCCUUCCGCCCUCGGUGGUCUGCCGGGCGUCUCCUCCUCCUGUUCCUCGGGCCCGGUCGGGGCCGCGAGCCGCCUCAGGACAGCGGGGACGGGGCUCGGGGGCCGCGGCCUGCGCUCCCCGCGGGCGGUUGAGGGCCGAGGAGGCCCUCCCUUCUGACGAGGGAAGGGAGGGUCGGGAGCCCCCGCCCUGCGGAGCCUGGGGCGGGCGCCGGCGAGGGCCGGGGCGGCCGGAGGGGCGGUUGUCUGGGGGAGGGGGUGCGGGGUGAUUCAGCGCCCGGCGAGGCGGAAGCGGCCGGGGCAGCAGCAGCAGCAGCAGCAGGAGGAGGAAGGCGAGAGGCUAGUCCGCGCCUGGGCGCCCGGGGUGGCACGAGCCCGCGGCCCGAGUGCGAGGCGGAGGCGCGGAGGAGGCCGCGGGGACGGGAGGCGAAGCCGGCUGGGCCCCCGUAGCCAUGGAGAACGCGCACACAAAGACGGUGGAGGAGGUGCUGGGCCACUUCGGAGUGAACGAGAGCACGGGGCUGAGCCUGGAGCAGGUCAAGAAGCUCAAGGAGAGAUGGGGCUCCAACGAGUUACCGGCUGAAGAAGGAAAAACCUUGCUGGAACUUGUGAUUGAACAGUUUGAAGAUCUGCUAGUUAGAAUUUUACUGUUGGCUGCCUGUAUAUCUUUCGUGUUGGCCUGGUUCGAAGAAGGUGAAGAAACGGUCACGGCCUUCGUAGAACCCUUUGUCAUUCUGCUGAUUUUAGUGGCCAAUGCCAUCGUGGGCGUGUGGCAGGAAAGGAAUGCCGAAAAUGCCAUCGAAGCCCUGAAGGAGUACGAGCCUGAGAUGGGCAAAGUGUACCGGCAGGACCGGAAGAGCGUGCAGCGGAUCAAAGCCAAAGACAUCGUUCCUGGCGACAUCGUGGAGAUUGCAGUUGGUGACAAAGUUCCUGCCGACAUAAGGUUAACUUCUAUCAAGUCUACAACGCUAAGAGUUGACCAGUCAAUCCUCACAGGUGAAUCUGUGUCCGUCAUCAAGCACACUGACCCUGUGCCCGACCCCCGGGCCGUCAACCAGGACAAGAAGAACAUGCUGUUUUCUGGCACCAACAUUGCCGCUGGGAAAGCCAUGGGAGUCGUGGUGGCAACUGGCGUUAACACGGAGAUUGGCAAGAUUCGGGAUGAGAUGGUGGCAACAGAGCAGGAGAGGACGCCUCUGCAGCAGAAGCUCGAUGAAUUUGGGGAGCAGCUUUCCAAAGUCAUCUCCCUCAUUUGCAUUGCAGUCUGGAUCAUAAACAUUGGGCACUUCAACGACCCGGUGCAUGGAGGCUCCUGGAUCAGAGGUGCCAUCUACUACUUUAAAAUCGCAGUAGCCCUGGCCGUGGCAGCUAUUCCCGAAGGUCUGCCUGCUGUCAUCACCACCUGCCUGGCGCUCGGAACGCGCAGAAUGGCCAAGAAGAACGCCAUUGUCCGGAGCCUGCCCUCCGUGGAGACCCUGGGCUGUACCUCUGUGAUCUGCUCUGACAAGACGGGCACGCUCACGACGAACCAGAUGUCUGUCUGCAGGAUGUUCAUCCUGGACAAAGUAGAUGGUGACACUUGUUCCCUUAAUGAGUUUACCAUCACUGGAUCCACAUAUGCACCUGUUGGAGAAGUGCAUAAAGAUGAUAAACCAGUGAAGUGCCAUCAGUAUGAUGGCCUUGUGGAAUUGGCUACCAUCUGUGCUCUCUGCAAUGACUCUGCCUUGGAUUACAAUGAGGCCAAAGGCGUCUACGAGAAAGUUGGAGAAGCCACCGAGACUGCCCUCACCUGCCUGGUGGAGAAGAUGAAUGUGUUUGACACUGAGCUGAAGGGCCUUUCCAAGAUAGAGCGCGCCAACGCCUGCAACUCGGUCAUUAAGCAGCUGAUGAAAAAGGAAUUUACACUAGAAUUUUCACGUGAUAGAAAAUCCAUGUCCGUUUACUGCACACCAAACAAACCAAGCCGAACAACGAUGAGCAAGAUGUUUGUGAAGGCAAGUAUAGAACAUCACAAGGGAAGUGUUCUCGGAGGGCUCGGAUCCCUGCGAGUCAGUGAGUCAACUGUCCUCUCCCAUCCCCAGGGGGCUCCUGAGGGUGUCAUCGACAGGUGCACCCACAUUCGGGUUGGAAGUACCAAGGUCCCUAUGACCCCUGGAGUCAAGCAGAAGAUCAUGUCUGUCAUCCGGGAGUGGGGAAGUGGCAGUGACACCCUGCGGUGCCUGGCCCUGGCCACGCACGACAGCCCCCUGAAGAGAGAGGAGAUGCACCUCGAGGACUCUGCCAACUUCAUUAAAUACGAGACCAACCUGACCUUUGUCGGCUGUGUGGGCAUGCUGGACCCUCCACGGAUCGAAGUGGCCUCCUCCGUGAAGCUGUGCCGGCAGGCGGGCAUCCGGGUCAUCAUGAUCACAGGGGACAACAAGGGCACGGCCGUAGCCAUCUGCCGCCGCAUUGGCAUCUUUGGUCAGGACGAGGACGUGACGUCCAAGGCGUUCACAGGCCGGGAGUUUGAUGAGCUGAGCCCCUCAGCCCAGCGAGACGCUUGCUUGAAUGCCCGCUGCUUUGCGCGGGUGGAGCCUUCCCACAAGUCCAAGAUAGUGGAGUUUCUUCAGUCCUUUGAUGAGAUCACAGCCAUGACUGGCGAUGGUGUGAAUGAUGCCCCUGCUCUGAAGAAAGCCGAGAUCGGCAUCGCCAUGGGCUCAGGCACUGCAGUGGCAAAGACCGCGUCUGAGAUGGUUCUGGCUGAUGACAACUUCUCCACCAUCGUGGCCGCCGUGGAGGAAGGCCGGGCCAUCUACAACAACAUGAAGCAGUUCAUCCGCUACCUCAUCUCGUCCAACGUGGGCGAGGUCGUCUGCAUUUUCCUGACCGCGGCCCUUGGCUUUCCUGAGGCGUUAAUUCCUGUCCAGCUGCUUUGGGUGAACCUGGUGACAGACGGGCUGCCAGCCACCGCCUUGGGCUUCAACCCCCCAGAUCUGGACAUCAUGAACAAACCACCCCGGAGCCCCAAGGAGCCGCUCAUCAGCGGCUGGCUCUUUUUCCGUUACCUGGCUAUUGGCUGUUAUGUUGGCGCUGCGACCGUGGGCGCUGCUGCCUGGUGGUUCAUUGCUGCUGACGGCGGUCCAAGAGUGUCCUUCUACCAGCUGAGUCACUUCCUGCAGUGUAAAGAGGACAACCCAGACUUCGAGGGCGUGGAUUGUGCCAUCUUUGAAUCCCCGUACCCCAUGACCAUGGCGCUGUCUGUUCUAGUGACCAUAGAGAUGUGCAACGCCCUGAACAGCCUGUCGGAAAACCAGUCCUUGCUGAGGAUGCCCCCCUGGGAGAACAUCUGGCUCGUGGGUUCCAUCUGCCUGUCCAUGUCGCUCCACUUCCUCAUCCUCUACGUGGAGCCCUUGCCUCUCAUCUUCCAGAUCACACCGCUGAACGUGACCCAGUGGCUGAUGGUGCUCAAGAUCUCCUUACCUGUGAUCCUCAUGGACGAGACACUCAAGUUCGUGGCCCGCAACUACCUGGAGCCCGGUAAAGAGUGUGUGCGGCCCGCCCCACCGCCCUGCACGCUCUGGGCGUGCACCGAGGGCGUCUCGUGGCCCUUCGUGCUGCUCAUAAUGCCCCUGGUCAUCUGGGUCUACAGCACCGACACUAACUUCAGUGAGCUGCUCUGGUCUUGACUGACAGCUUCCCUAAAGACGACGUGUAACUUAAUCCAUUAAUUUUUUUAUUGUUUAAAGCAACUGUCUGUUUCUGCUGAAUUUUCACAUGAACAUACUGGCUGGUGAAAGAGGGUUCCGACUCUAGAUUUUGUUUUGCUUUUUCUGACUCCAGUGGGGCAAAAUUUGCUUUUUUUAUACACAUAAUUAAAGUGUCCAUUGACAUGUACAGAGAACUAACACUAUUUUAUGCAAAUAUUUUUUUGUAGAUGAAAAGCAUGUACAGUGUUCUGUUUAAUACUCAUCCUUGUACAAAAAAAAAUAGUUGAGCCAGCAGACAUUGUCAGCAAAUUAAUUGGCAGCAGAUUUUAGGAAACAAAUGUGUGUGGUUUUUUUCUAAAACUCAAUAGCAUGUAUUGUGUCUUUUGCAUGAUUAUCUGGAUUUAAUUUGAUAUCACAGUCUAAUUUUUAUUCAUAAGCCAAUUUUUCUGCACUGAGCAGAGUCCUGCUACCUCAGUCAGUGUUUCUUGGUUUGCCACCCCGCCCCACCCCGCCCCGCACCCCGCCUGCUCAGCUCCGUCCGCAGGGUUGGAGGGCGCUGUUGGCAUCCGUGUCACGAGAGGUAGGCCUGUGCUCGCCUGUGCAGAAAACAUUGUUCCAGGCUCAAUCGACUGGGUUCUGUCCCUUCGCAUAGUUUUUAAGGUUAUUUAUUGAAACGUCUAAUGUAUUUUAUUGUAACAGACAUUGUUUUGCCAACAUUGCCUAUUUCAGUGGCACUUCACAAUCUAGUUUAAAAAGAAAAAUAAAAUGUUUUAAAUGGA